AUGGGUUGUGUAUGCUCCAAAGGAAAAUUCGCAAAUGAUUAUGUUGCUGGUAACGGUAAGCAUAAAAAAAAAGACAAAGAAUUGAAGGCAAUUAGAUCCUCAGCGUCCCUAACAGUAACAGAGAAUGAUUCUAUUGCUACUGCACGCCUCAUAUCCAAUCCCUCUCGGGCUGCAACUCCCAUUUCCUCCGAUGAAGGGGAGAAGAACAAGAACGGGGCAACUACUGCAAAACCACUACUUCAGAUGGGAUCAGACGUGGGUGGAGGACAAGGACAAGGACAAGGACAACCUAGGGUCUCUAAGAUAUUUAGUUUAAAUAGAGGGGAAAGAGGAGCACAGGUUCUUGCUGGCUGGCCUUCUUGGCUCACCGCAGUUGCAGGGGAAGCCAUUAGUGGUUGGAUACCUCGCAGAGCUGAUUCAUUUGAGAAGUUGGAUAAGAUUGGUCAAGGAACUUACAGCAGUGUUUAUAGAGCUCGUGAUCUUGAGACAAAUAAAAUUGUAGCAUUGAAGAAGGUUCGAUUUGCUAAUAUGGAUCCAGACAGUGUUCGUUUUAUGGCAAGAGAAAUUCUUGUGCUGCGAAGACUUGAUCAUCCAAAUGUCAUGAAGCUUGAAGGCAUGAUUACUUCAAGGGUUUCUGGCAGCUUGUACCUUAUUUUUGAAUAUAUGGAGCAUGAUCUUGCAGGGCUUGCAGCAAUACCUGGCAUCAAGUUUACUGAAGCACAGAUCAAGUGUUAUAUGCAACAACUUCUUCGUGGCCUUGAGCAUUGUCACAGUCGUGGUGUUAUGCACCGUGACAUCAAGGGUGCAAAUCUUCUGCUUGAUAAUAAUGGCAAUCUGAAGAUUGGUGAUUUUGGGCUUGCAACUUUGUUUCAGCCAUCCCAAGGGCAGCCUUUAACUAGUCGUGUAGUGACAUUGUGGUACCGGCCACCUGAACUUUUACUUGGAGCUACAGAUUAUGGAGUUGCUGUGGAUUUGUGGAGUGCUGGUUGUAUUCUUGCAGAAUUGUUUGCUGGGAAGCCAAUAAUGCCUGGGCGAACAGAGGUGGAGCAACUUCAUAAAAUCUUCAAACUUUGUGGAUCUCCUUCUGAAGAAUACUGGAAGAAGUCAAAGCUACCGCAUGCAACAAUUUUUAAACCUCAGCAACCUUACAAACGUGUUGUUUCUGAGACUUUCAAGGAUUUUCCUUCAUCAGCACUGAGUCUCUUGGAGGUCCUUCUUGCUAUAGAACCGAAAGAUCGUGGAACUGCAUCUCUAGCACUUCAGAAUGAGUUCUUCACAGCAAAGCCACUUCCUUGUGAUCCAUCAACUUUGCCAAAGUACCCUCCGAGUAAGGAGUUUGAUGCCAAACUUCGAGAAGAGGAAGCUCGAAGACGAAGAGCAACAAAUAAAGGACAUGAACAGGAAUCAGUUAGGAGGAAUUUUAAAGAGUCUAAAGCUGUGCCAGCACCUGAUGCUAAUGCUGAGCUUCAGGCAUCAAUGGAGAAGAGACAAGGGCAGUGUAAUACUAAGUCCAUUAGUGAGAAGUACAAUCCUGAAGGGGAUAGCGGUUCUGGCUUCCCUCUUGAACCUGCACAGUCAAGAGCGCUCAACGUCUUCUCUCAUUCUGGCCAGUCAAUGCAUCCGAGUGCUUAUGGAUCCUCACGCCAUAUGAAUUUGAAAGAAGAAGAUGUGUUUAGAUCAAGAAACUGUGAGUUGAGAAAACAAAAAUCCUACUGGCAAGGUAGCUCUGCACAAUUGUCAAGAUUUUCUAAUUCAGUUGCAGUUCGAGGUGACUCACGGCUUGAUAUGAGUGGAGACUGUAGUGUGAAUUCGCAGUGGCCAGAGGAUCAAUUUGGUAUGAGAUAUAGCCGUCCGGCUGAUGAUGAGUCCAACCAAUUGCUGGAUGCACCCAAGUCUUCACGCAGGAAGGACUACCAUCCUGUUGGGAAGGAUCGUGCCAUGGGCUAUGCUCGCAAAAAUGGCCGCAUCCACUAUUCCGGACCAUUGCUGCCUCCAGAGGAUAAUCUUGAAGAAAUGCUUAAGGAACACGAAAGGCAAAUCCAAGAGGCUGUCCGCAAAGCUCGUUUGGAUAAGGACAGGACAAAAAGGGCCUAA